GUUUUAAAUCGCUCUCACAAUAAUCAUUAAUUUUAGAGAUAACAUUGAUUUUUGGUUUUUUGAUUUUUUUUAAUUUAAAAAUUUGUAUUGUUAAUAUUAAUCACAAAACUAUUAUCAUUCUACCUAAUUACUUUUCCUUGUAAUUAUUUUAAGUAAAAACAGUGUUUAUGGUUGUAAUUCAGUAAGUGAGAAUAACAUAACUAACGAUGGACGUUUGACUUUAUUACUGCUGUAAUAUAAAAAUAUAUUUGAUUAAACUUUCUUAAGUUGUUCUUUGAAAAUGGCAAAUCAAUUGUAUGACAACAUGCAAUCAGAGGCCGAAAAGGAAUUGGUUGCAAUAUUAAAUGAUAGUCAACCAGAUUCAAAUGUUGAUAUAGAUCAAACAUUGAACGAUAAAGCAAUGAAGAAUCAACUAACUAAAAGAAAUGUUAAGAACCUAAUUAAGAAUGUAUUAACGAAUGAUGAUGUUGCUAUUAUGUUGCGGCAAACUUUAAAUGAUGAUUUAGAUGGAAAUUGUUUAUACGAACCAAAAUUAACUAGAGCAAAAAUUAGAGAAAUGUCAAUAACUUACCCUCCUCAGUUGUCUCCGAUUCAGCAACAACCAAUCAUUUCAGAAUCAGAAUGUAGAUUAUUGAUUGAGAAAGAAUUCCCUGAUGACUCUGAGGAUGAGGAAUAUCAUCCAGAUAAAACUUUAGAGGAAGAAGAAGAUGAUGAUUAUGAUGAUGAAUCCAAAUGUACAGAAAUAAAUAAAUCAUUUGAAACAGAUUGUGAAGCAGAAAGUAGUGUUAAUAUUAAAGAAAAAGCCGUUGUUUUAAAUGAUAAAGAAACAAUUGGAAUGCGUACAAGAUCAAAGUUAUCUUUAAAUGACACACCAUUAGAAAUUAUUGAACAAGCUUUUAUUCCACCAGAUAUUACUGAAGAUAUGUAUGACUCGGCUUGUGAAAAUGAUGAAUGGAUGGAAUUUCUUAGUGAAUUUACAAAACCUUUAGAAUUUGUUCAAAAUGAUGAUAAUGAAGAUGAUCCAGAGUACAAUGUCCUUUGUGAUGAUGAUUUUACCAGUGUUGAUCAAGAAGAAUUUCGAAUUGAUAAGUCUGUGAGGAUUAGUCGUAAGGAAUAUAAUGAUUUAAUGAAUGAGUUGUACGAAUUUACUGAAAGCUAUAUUGAGUUCAAUGGUGGUAAUGUUGGCGAAUUACUUGAAACUAAUGCAGUUAUUACAGAUUUUGAAAAUGAUAAAAAUACUGUUAAACCAAACCAUUCUUCUCUAUCUAUGUCUGUCUGUACACCAAACAAUUCAGAGUUGAAAUCAAAUAGCAAUUGUAUUAUAAAUGAUAAUAUUAUUGAUAAAAAUUUUAGUCCAUCUACUUCUGCUUAUACUUUAAAUGUUCUAGAUUGGAAAUCUAACACAACAUGUUCUACAAUUGAUAAUAUUGAAGCUAUAUCUAAAGUUACUUAUCCAUUUUUUCCUGUUAAUACUUUAAAUUAUUCUGAUUGUAAAUUAAGUACUGCUUGGUCUAUGAAUGAUUUACAAAUGACUGAAGUGGUUAAUUAUUCUACACAAUUAGGAGAAGAACCAAAUUUAUCUGAUCUUAACAAUCAUCAAAUGAGUAUUAGUGCUGAAAAAACAAAUUUAGUUCCUCAAAAUAUAAUUGUUUGUGAUAAAAAGAAAGGUAUGUCAACAGAACAAUUAUUUUUAUUAAAACAGCAACUCGCACAACAUGUCCAAUUGAUAACCCAGCACUAUAUAUUAUGCACAAAGGAAAAAUCAUACAAAAUUCUUUGCCGAAAAUUAAAAAAUAUGUUGAACAUAAUUAAAAAAAUCAGUGAACAUAAAAUCUAUACACCAAUCAACCUAUCCACAUCUUUUGAAUUUAUUCAAGAGUGGAUUGAAAUACAAAAUGAUGACAUUGAUACUAAUUGGAAUAACAUUUCCUUACCAUUGUAUCUGAAAGAAUUUAUGCUAUUUUAUGAUAGACCUGUAUUUAUCUAUCCUCAUUUAUUACCAUCAAAAACUUUUAGUCUUGAUUAUGAGACUCAUCCUAUGGGACCUUCAGAAGAAAAAGUUCUGGUUCAUAAAAUUAAUUAUUUGUUUAAGAGAUUAACAGAAUUACAUAGAACUCGAGCUAAGUAUAAAAAUUCAAAUAUAUUUGACAUGUUACCAAUGAUAUUGAAAAUUGUACAAAAAAGAUGGUUUUCACAUAGAAAGUUAACUGAUUUAAAAAUGCUGAUAACUCGUCGAAAGAAAACAUUGGAACCUAAGCCUUUGAAGAAAUAUUUAGUUGAUGGAGAAAUCGAAAUACCUCGUCAUAUAGUUGACAUUGGAAAUCUGUUUGCAAGUAAAUGUUUGCUGGAUUUCGAUAUUAAACAAUUUCCUACAAGCUGGAAACAUUAUGUAAGACAGAAGAAGUUUAAAAAUAAGAUAAAUAAGAUAAAUAAGUAAAAUAAACUGUUUUGUUUAAGAUUAAUAACUAUAAGAAUUACAAUACUAUAGAUAAUAUUAUAGAUUUAUAAGACUAUUUUACAUUGUAAUAAUAUCCCAAAACGGGAUUAAUAA